AUGGCUGCUAAUUAAAGAGGUAGAGGUGGUUAAGUCGGAACAAAAGUAAAAGUAUCUUUAGGUCUUCCUGUAGGUGCUGUCAUGAAUUGCGCUGACAAUUCUGGAGCUAAAAAUUUAUAUACAAUUGCAUGUUUUGGUAUUAAAGGUCAUUUAAGUAGACUCCCAAGUGCUUCUGUUGGAGAUAUGAUUCUCUGUUCAGUAAAGAAAGGAUCUCCCAAAUUAAGAAAGAAAGUACUUUAAGCUAUUGUUAUUAGAUAAAGAAGACCCUGGAGAAGAAGAGAUGGUGUAUUUAUUUAUUUUGAAGAUAAUGCAGGUGUUAUUGCUAACCCUAAAGGUGAAAUGAAAGGUUCUUAAAUCACAGGACCAGUUGCAAAAGAAUGUGCUGAUGUAUGGCCCAAAGUUGCUUCUAAUGCUGGCUCAGUUGUUUGAUUAAAGAAUGUAUUUAAUGUUUUAGCAUUUAUAAAUUUACAUAUAAGAAUUUAUUUGUUUUUUUAUUAUAUAGAUUUAUAUAUGUUUCUUUAUGAUUGGUUUUAUUUAAAUAUUUUAACUUUUUUGCUUUUUUUC